AUGGCUUCUAUCAAUGAUGAUUCAUAUGAAUCAAUAGGCUUAGUUAAACCUGAAGUAUAUGUUUAUGUGAUACCUCCACGUCAAUCAGCUACACGUAAACAUCGUGCAGCUGAUUGGAAAUUAGAAUCACCAAAUUUUAUAUGUCGUCUAAAAAUUAUAUCUAAAGGUGAAAAAUGUUUAAUACGCUUAGAAGAUCGUAAUACUGGUGGACAUUUUGCAACAUGUCCAGUUGAAAGUUAUCCAUCAAUAGCUGUUGAAAAUGUUGAAGAUUCAACACGUUAUUUUGUUAUACGUGUACAAAAUGAUAAUGGUCAACAAGCAUUUUUAGGUAUUGGUUUUAAUGAUCGUUCAGAUUCAUUCGAUUUUAAUGUUGCUUUACAAGAUCAUUUUAAAUAUUUAAAACAAGCCAAACAAAUUGAACAUGAAGCUGAACAAACAGCUAAUAAUCCUUCACAUCAGCAACAACCGAAACUUGAUUUAAGUUUUAAAGAAGGACAAACUAUUAAAAUCAAUUUAAAAAGUAGUUUACCAGGCGAUGAACAAACGAAAAAAACAGUUAAAAAUGCAAAUGAAUCGAUUGUACCUGGAAUCUUACCACCACCACCUGGUUCAUUGAUUCCAAAAUUAACACCACCACCUGGCUCAAUCGUUCCAAAAUUAACGCCACCACCUAUUUCAACUAAUCCUAAAAUUGCUCCACCAGCACCGUCAUCAUCAUCAUCAUCAUCUACUACUACAGCAACAACAACAGCAGCAACCAAUAAUAAUAGUAGUGUUCAUUCCGAUUUAAGUUGGAUGCAGUUCUAA